AAACGAGAGUGCGCCUGUUGUGCCUGCUGGGCUCGGGCUGCUGCGGGGCGGGACGCGCCAGCCCGGCGGAGCUUGGAGCGCACAGCGCAGAGCGCAGAGCGCACGGCGCACCGCCACCAGCACCAACAUGGGGCUGGAGAAGGAAAACAUGGACACCAGCGUGAUGAUGGACCCGGAGGAGUUCAACAGAUCAAUACAGCCUAUUUUAUCGAAAAAGGGAAAGGUGUACACAGAGGACCCGGAUCGGGAUCCGUGCGACAUCAACGCGCAUUUGAAGGUGGGCUUUGAAGAUGUCAUCGCGGAGCCGCUGUCCACACACAGCUUCGACAGGGUGUGGAUAGGGAGCCACGCCACCUUUGAGCUGGUCAAGUUCAUCUUUUACCGAGUGCUGACGACGCUGCUGGCGGUUCCCCUGGCGUUCGUCCUGGGGCUGCUCUUCGGGCUGCUCAGCUGCAUUCAUAUCUGGCUGGUGAUGCCGGCCAUCCAGAGCUUAAUGAUGCUCCUGCCGUCGGUGCAGUUGUUAUGGACGAGUCUGAUGGACGCCUUCAUUACGCCGUUGUUCCUCAGCAUGGGAAAGUUCCUGUCCUCCGUACGGGUGCAGACUACAGAAAAUUGAAGCGGAUAUCUCUCUGUCCCUGCGAAGAUGGAAGCGUUGAGUCGAUGCAAAGCAGCUGGACCGAUUCCUGCGGCACACACAAGCUCCUUUCAAGUAUAAUAUGCAAGUCAAAAAGUACAGAGUAAUUCUUCCAUGAUUACACAUAACUGGAGAUGGUUAUGGGACACUUGAAAAUCCAUUUGGCAGAUAUUUAAAGAUAUUUAAGUUAAGCUUUCAACGAAUUAAAAGUACAGACGAGAUGAACCAGGUACCAGGUAAAUGUCCUGCAAGUCAACAAACUGAAUCUUUAAUUCAUGUUUGUUUCAGGGUGCUUUCACACUUUCAGCCUUCAAUCCACCUUAAACAAACUUCACACAAUCACAGGCGGGUGCAGACCCAAAGAACUGGACGAGACCCUGAAAGAGGUUGUUUCAGUCCAAAUCAGUUGGCUCAUUUUCAUGCAAUGCAAAAGAAAAAAUAGUUUCUAGAAAAAGUAAAGACAAAACAACUUUGUUGUACUUUUUGUUUUAGGAAUAUUGGGCUUAUUUCUAGAGCGGCUGAUUUUGCAGUGUAGUGAAAAAGCUAACAGGACCAAAGGCCUGGAAUCUCGUAAUUUGGGGCGUUACGUUUGAGAUAAACUUUCAUUUCUCCAGGAGUAACAUUAAGUUAAAACUUUAAACCUUUUGUUGUCGCACCUUUGCUGAAACAUUCCUCUACAUUUAUACCAAUGCUUCACUUAUGUUCCACUACGCAGCAUCUUCUUGUAUUUCUGCGCUGAUGGAAAGUGUCCAACCGCAUCUCCCGGGAAAGGGAUCCCUCUCCCAUUCACAGCCAUUUUCACUUGAACAAAACAUAACAAUCUGAUUGCAACAGUGGCUGCCGGUUAUAAUAACCAAGAUGGCUGCAGAAUUGCUAAUGACGCCUUGGAUCAACAACUUUUUACAACUUUCAUUCACUGCAGACUUUUGGGAUGCGUUUUUGUCGGUUCCUGUCUGGUUCUCUGAUUGGUUGUCUGUCUCUCUGAUGGCGACCAGAGGCACUUUCUUCUUUCUUUUCUUCUUCUUCUAGUAAAAAUCCAGAGGAACCAGAUAACUGGUUAUUUGUAUCAAAGAGGAAAAGAAUGAGGGGGGCCAGGACACCAGUAGGUGGGGAGGACGCUAUCAUGAUCUUGGGAUUGGGAGUCUGAGUCUUGCUCAUGUCUUCAUCUUUUUUUGAUCUUAGGCGCUCUUUUGCUUUUGGACACUUGUUUUCCUCUGGUGUCCCGCUUCCUUUGACCUUCUUGAUUGUCUCCACCUGUGUCUCUUAGCCCUUGAGUAUCAGUCCUUAGCCUCGUCUCUUCCCCUGCUAGUCCCUUUCUCCACCCAUUCAUCUGGGAUUCAACCCCUACUUUCUCAUUGUGUCGCCUGCUGAUUUGGUUUUGUUUAGUUUUUUGGUCUUUGGAUAUCCUGCUUUGGCACCAUUUUUAGUUUCAAUUAAAAUACUUUAUCCCUGAUUACUCCAACCACCUGGCCUCCUUUAUCGGGGUUCCCUACCCCAUAAUCAUGACAUAUAGGUACACACUUACUAGGGCUGGGCGAUAUGGACCAAAAGUCAUAUCUCGAUAUUUUCUAGCUAAAUGGCGAUACUCGAUAUAUAUCUCGAUAUUUUUUCUGUGCCAUAAUUGGGGUUUCCCCCAAAGCAUUAUAGCAUAGCAUCUCUGUUAGCUUCAUUUUUUUCUGAGGCAAACCCU